AUGAGGCAGCACCUCAUGGACCGAGUCGGGACGAGGGUGCUCCAAAAUAUACUCAACCGUCAGCUGGAGGAGCACAUCAGGGAGAAGCUCCCGGGGAUCCGAUCCAACAUGAUGCAGAAAAGAUCAAACCUCCAAGAACAGCUCCAAAUCCUGGGUGCCUUCGAUACCAAGACAAAAACCAACAACGCUAUCUUCCAUCAAGUUAUGGUCAGGUUCGCCAAUAGCCUCAAGCUUUCUCUUGAGGGCUUCGAUUACAAUGUGGAUAUUCACGAAGUGCAACUAGGCGUCGUGAUCAAUGAAACCAUCAAUGAAGAAAUCAUUAAUGGCCUUCUGAAUGAGGAGAAUCUGAUGCCGACGAAGGAAGAGACAAUGACUGCAAUAAGGAACCUGGUCGGUGUUCAGAAUUACAUGUCACCUCCGCAGCAAGCAUUCAGACGAAUGGUGACUUACAUGACCAAGAAAUUCAAGGACCCGAUGAAAACGUCAGUGGAACUCAUCGCAGACCACACUGGCAGGGCCGUCGAAAAGUAUGCCUCGCAGGAAGUCGGGUCUUUCCCCAAUUUGAAACAAGAAGUGCUAACCCUGGUGAUGGAGAAACUGAAGCGAAACGAGUUGGCCUGCAAAGAACUCUUGGUCAUGUAUAUCGAAGCAGAGUGCUCCUUCAUGAACACUAACCAUCCUUUGAUGAAGCGGAAUGACGUCUUCACCGGACAAGCUCAUGGGGUUAAUAAUGGCUUUUCUCGUAGUGAAACAGAUGAAGGGAAGGUGCCACACGCCGCCACCGGCACUCUGCCACGUCCCCCCAGGGGGACGCAGAGGAUCCACGAGGGCUACUUGCACCUCCCCAGUGAAUCUGCAUUCUCCAAGAGAAAGAGACUGGUUUGGUUCACGAUCACUCCUGUUCACAUCACCAUUUUCAAGGACAGUCGGGAAGACACGGAGUUGAUACGACUCAACAACGCGGAAAUUCGAAUUUCGGUGAAAAACGACUCGAAGAAGAGCCGUAAGAAAUUCACCAUCUCUAAAGUCGAUGGCAGGUCCCUGGGGAUGGGACAGGCGAGGGACAUCGAGUUUUUCGAUGAAGAUCGACCCGACAGUGUCAUGAUGCGUCGUCCCAGGACCAUGAUUCAGCCUCAAAAAAUCGACUUCGCAAGGAAAUUCGAAUCGGACAAGACAUUGAAGAAAGACGCCGAAAACUUUAUGGAAGAGAUACUCAAGUACAUGCGAAUCGUGAAGCAGACCAUUCAGGACCUCACGCCAAAGUACAUCGUCUUCAAUUUGAUCGAUAAGGACAAGCUAAUGGAGCCAGGAGGAGACGAAGAGCUGAAGAAGAGACAUCUAAUGACUGUGUUCAAGGCGACGGAGGAGGCGUUGGAAAUCAUCAAUGGUCUAUCCUGGCCCGGUACUUCCACCGCUUGACCUCCUUCAUUUAUUCCGUAUUAUCGGCCAGGCUUUGCCUUACCUGUUCGGCCAAAUAUAUUAUAGACUACCAGAUGGGUUGCGCGUCUCAUUAUUAAAGUCGGAAGCACAUUUCCAGCCCGGAAU